AUGACAGUUGCCGUUGAUGCUUUUUUUCUCGCAUGGCAUACUGCGGGUUGCCACCAGAAUUCUUUUGAAUUUUUUAGAACAAAAGGGUUUCGUAGUGUGGAAAAUCCAACACACACUUCACUGCUGUCCUUGAUGGUGAAACACUUUCAUCAACAGUUGGAAGGAACUAGCGUUAAAAAAGGAGCAAUGCAAAACGAAAUCGCUUCACACACGCUGGAUGUGUCCGUGGCGCAGAUCUGUAUCACACUCGGCUGGACCCGUACGCGCCGAUCGCCGCUACAAUUGCUGUCCCACCUGACGGGAAACUAUGUGCGUAAAGUGGCCGAGCUUGCCAAGCAUUUCGCCGAACUGAACAAUCGUACCACUCCAAACCUGGACGAUCUGGCGUUUGUCUUCCACUAUCUUCAGAUCGAUUUGGAGGAGAUGGCGAUCUACUGCGAGAAUGUGAAGCCACACCGUCCCCGUGCCUGUGAUUUGUCGCUUGUUUCUAUUCCCAAGGCUCAUCAACAACAAACCGAUGUGGAGCAUUAAAACUUUGCCAUCUCUUUACAGGUGGAAGU